UCCCGUUCUCCGGAGUCGUGGUGGUCGGCCUGUCGUUCCUCCCCGCCGCAGAGACUUUGUGUAUGGGUGAAUUCUGGGGGGGCUUGUGUGGUGGAACCUUACGGGACAUAAUUCACUGUGGUAUAUAGUGUGUGUUGUACAACGGACCGGUUAGAGAGUGUACCUGGUGGUUGUUAUCAUUCUAGCUUUAGUAGCAUGUAUGCAAGUUAUUCUUCCCUUCUGUAAACCUAAUGGAAAAUAAAGUGUGGAGUUCCAUUCUCAACACGUCGACUCCGACUCCCAUUCAUCGGCUCUACAGCAGUGAAUAUGUGGUUGAAUUGUAGUUUUUUAUAUAAUACAUAUAUUCAGUGUUAGUGUUACAGUGCUUUUUGUAUGUUGUCAGUCAGUAUGAUAAGUUUUGUUUUGCAGAAUUCACCAAAUAAGAUGAGGACGGGCUUUUAUUCUGAAGGACUCGAAGCAGGAAGUGAUGCAGAAACCUCUAGAAGACUUUCUAUUUUGCGCAAGUGAGAGAUUAUGGGAAGUGAUUGGGAUGGGCUGGAGUGUGUGUGAGGAGUGUGUGCAGUUUAACCCUCCAGCAUGAUGAAGCAGCUUCCUCUUCUUCCUCUUCUUCUUCUCUUCAGUCUCCUGACUGGAAACUCGUCUGCCUGCACAAACGCUGACAGCAAAGUGAUCUCCACAGAAGGGACAGAUGUUAUUUUACCCUGCUCCCCCAGCACCAGAGAAAACCUCCAAAACAAACUGUUUGACUGGAAGAAGCUCGGUCAGGGAGGAGCAACUCAUCACGAAGUCUUCAUGUGGGAUUCUGCUGUUCAUUAUGACCAUCAUUCAGGUCAGAGUGAGCAGUUUAAAGGACGAGUCUCACAUUUUCAAAAUGAACUGCAGCACGGAAACGCCUCCAUCGUCAUCAGAGAGACGAAGGUGAUCGACAGUGGAAGUUACAGCUGUGUUUUUCCACGUCAGCCUAGUGAAGAAUUCUGCAUUGAGCUCAUUGUUGGUGCAUCACCAAAGCCAACUAUUAGAACACUUGAUCAAACAAACUCCUGGGCGCGGCUGCAGUGUGAAGUUCAUGGAGCUCAUCCAGAACCUAAAGUGGAGUGGAGGGACAGUUCUGGAAACAUCCUUCCUGCUGAGGAGCCUCAGGUUUUAAAGAACGGAGAAAGCUACGAUGUCACUGUUAACAUUACUGUGACUAAGACAGACCGCUAUCGCUGUGUAGCUACACAGGAGGAGAUCAACCAUCAGAUUUCUGCUGAAAACCUUCUGCAUAUCAGUGGUGCAGCUACAGAGCCGUCUGUCACAUCACUUGAGGAAACAAAGGACUGGUCUCUGCUUCAGUGUUUAGUUCGAGGAGCUUUUCCUAAACCUAAAGUGGAGUGGCAGGACAGUUCUGGAAACAUCCUUCCUGCUGCAAAGCCUCAGGUCUCAGAGAGAGGAGGCAGCUUUUACAUCACUCUCAACGCUAAUGUGACCAAAACAGACCGCUAUCAGUGUGUGGUCACUCAGGAGGAGAUCAACCAUCAGACUAGAGCUGAGAUAUCUGUCUUUAUCAGCGGAGAAGAACCAGAGAGGAGAUCAGGGUCGAUCACUGGAUGGAUUAUUCUUUCUGCAGUUCUCGGCGCUGUUUUAUUUGUAGUUCUCGUGGUUCUUGUUGUUGGAGGUAUUGUUGUAGUUCGGGUUGUAUCCAAGGAUCGCAACAAACUAAACCAACUUAACGAAAAGAUAGAGAAGCUUGAAGAUGAUCAGAAGAAGACUUCCUCCCAAGACACGCUUCCUGCAGAUUCUGUAGCUGAUCCUCCUGAGAAUAAAAUCCUGCUGGAGUCGGAUCAGUGAGUCUGAAAGGUCACCGGGUUCACCUGUGCUGAGGUGUGUUCACACUGUACUGUGUCAUAUGUGAGGACAUGUGAUCUGCUCCUCAUUAAUUUCAGAGAGUUAAGAGCUGGUUAAGGGUUCACAGGUCAAAUAUCAAACUCCUGUCAAUUGCAAACAUUUCAGUUGAAGAAAACUUUAAGAAAACUUGAAGUAAGAGUAAAAUCAUGUAAUCCUGUAUAAAACUACAUUCUGAUCCUCAGCUGUGAAACUCCUGCAUGCGGUCAGUUAGUCCUCAGCUUCUGUCCUUCAGAGAGUGAACGGAUGAAUGAGGACAUUUUAACAGCUCCAUAGUUGUAGUCCUUUAACAGCUCCAUAGUUGUAGUCCUUUAACAGCUCCAUAGUUGUAGUCCUUUAACAGCUCCAUAGUUGUAGUCCUUUAACAGCUCCAUAGUUGUAGUCCUCUAACAGCUCCAUAGUUGUAGUCCUUUAACAGCUCCAUAGUUGUAGUCCUUUAACAGCUCCAUAGUUGUAGUCCUUUAACAGCUCCAUAGUUGUAGUCCUCUAACAGCUCCAUAGUUGUAGUCCUUUAACAGCUCCAUAGUUGUAGUCCUUUAACAGCUCCAUAGUUGUAGUCCUUUAACAGCUCCAUAGUUGUAGUCCUCUAACAGCUCCAUAGUUGUAGUCCUUUAACAGCUCCAUAGUUGUAGUCCUUUAACAGCUCCAUAGUUGUAGUCCUCUAACAGCUCCAUACUUGUAGUCCUUUAACAGCUCCAUAGUUGUAGACCUCUAACAGCUCCAUAGUUGUAGUCCUUUAACAGCUCCAUACUUGUAGUCCUUUAACAGCUCCAUAGUUGUAGUCCUUUAACAGCUCCAUACUUGUAGUCCUUUAACAGCUCCAUAGUUGUAGUCCUCUAACAGCUCCAUAGUUGUAGUCCUUUAACAGCUCCAUAGUUGUAGACCUCUAACAGCUCCAUAGUUGUAGUCCUUUAACAGCUCCAUAGUUGUAGUCCUUUAACAGCUCCAUAGUUGUAGACCUCUAACAGCUCCAUAGUUGUAGUCCUUUAACAGCUCCAUAGUUGUAGACCUCUAACAGCUCCAUAGUUGUAGUCUUUAACAGCUCCAUAGUUGUAGUCCUCUAACAGCUCCAUAGUUGUAGUCCUCUAACAGCUCCAUAGUUGUAGUCCUUUAACAGAUCCAUACUUGUAGUCCUUUAACAGAUGCUCUCCUGCUGCUUGUAGUUCUUAAAGGAUGUAGAGACGGCAUUAACAGGAACUCUCUCUGAUCUGAAGCUGCUGUCUCGCUGUAAAGAAAUGUUCUCUGAAGCUGGAAUAUAAUGUGACUUAUUUUAUACUUUUGUAUUGUACAUAGUUUGUUACGAGCUUGUUGUUUGUGAUCAGCUGAAUGAUGACCUGCUGUUACUGUGAUGCUUGAACUGUUUUUAUUAUAUCUAAAUAUGUGUUAAUGUUGAUCUCUGAUGCACUGCAGGGUUUAUCCCGUGAUUAAAGCUUUAACAUUUAUGUUUGAAUAAAACAUCCUCUGAGCUUCUGAUGACUUGAAUGAUUUAUGGCACUCACAUUAACUCAUUUUAGUCUUGACCUAAGAUUUCCAUUGUCAUAACUGCACUGUAGCUAUAACGUACAAAUGACAAUAAAAGCCUUGAAUCUAGAAUAUAUUUUUACAUAUAUUAUGUUUUAAUGUACACACGGUUUAACUCCACAAAAGAAGGGCUGUAAAGUCUCCUCCGUCUCCUACACCUUCUUUACUCUGACCACAACCACACAUCUGUGAAGAGUCAUGAUGACUAUCUGCUAUCAUUGUAACAGAUGUGUCCAGAAACAUGAGCACCUGGAAAAGUAUACCUUAAAAGUCCUCUGGUAGUUCCUGCUACAGGAGCACAUUUUGAAGACACACACAGACUCACAAACAUUACCAGGCUGAGGUGAUGGGGAAUAAUGGGAGUUAUCAAUCUCUCUAUUUACUGUAUCACGUGACUGGGAUCAUAUGACUGGGAUCAGAGCCCUAGAGAGAUAAUUAGUAUCUCUAGGGCUCUGACUGGGAUGAUACAGUGUCAUGGCACACCUUCUGUAGCCUGCACAUUCACGGUCUCUGGCACCACCCAGUGGUUUUUGCUGCAACAACAAUUAAGGGACAGGAACUUUAUUUCAUUUUGAUAUGUUUAAGAUCUGUAUACCAAACCUGGAUGUUUUAUUAAGUCUGUAGAAUACUGCUUGCAGGCUGGGACCUGCUCGAAUAACAGAAAUAUUGUGGGUUACCAUGGGGACGUUACCCGCACAUUUUCGUAAAGCAAAAAAACAUUUUAUUUUUUGUUUGCUGUAUGUUGUUUGUAUUUUAUCAACACCAAGUUACAUUCUUGAAUGUUACAAUGAGCCUUUUGUGUUUGUAAAAGAAUUGUCAAAAAAAAAAACUGGUUUUGAAAAUCGAUAGACGAGCAUUUAUUUUAUGUAUUUCUUACUUACCUCAUGUCUACCCCCGAUGAACACAUAUGAUGUUAAUUAUGUCCUUGAAUAAAAAAUAGUAAACAACACCCAUGGACGAUAAUCAUGUUUAACCCUUCUCUUGCGUUUCGGGACAAAAGUGACCGAAUGACUUUUGUUUUAAUCAUAAAUAUUGUGUUUUUCAUCCAA